AUGAACAAAUUGACUGCCGAUAAAUUUCGCAUCAAAGGAAUCCGAGCCUAUUACGAUGAUACAACUGGAACUGAGGUUGAAGAGACUGAUUCUAUGCUCUAUUAUAAAACACAAACAUUCUACUGUAAAGUUGAAAUAGAAAUCCCCACAUGUACCUCUGAUCGAGAUUGGACUAUCGGCCUGGUCCAAGCAUGCGAUUAUAUGUAUCUGGCAAACGACUACGAUGGGAUCGGCAAGUCACUGUGGGAAUUCCACCCACUGAAAAGUGGUUUGCGAAAGUUGAUUAACGAUAGUGAUGGACGCCAGUACCCAUUUUACAGUGUCAAUCAAAGCCUGUACAAUAUUAAAAAAGGACCAGUUCGUAAAGUGACACUUAAUCUGCAAGUGAAAGACUAUUUUCACCCAUCUGUCGUUUGGGAAUUGCCGUAUUCUGGCGGUGUUCGGCUGACAGAAAUAAACAGGCAGCAGAAGUUUCUCAUCUGGUUGGUCGCCAUCAAGUAUGGGAAAAAACUAUCUUGUAAAGACGAGAUUACUGUUCUGAAAAAGAUCCGCUGGGAGUAUGAUCUGCAUAUGAAAGUGGAUCCCUUUAUGCCAUUAGGCAGUCGAGUACGGAAAAUAUUCGAUGUGCAAGACAGUGGGAUUAUAAUGAUGGAUCCGGAUAAAUCUUACAAACUACCAAUUGCAGCCACAUUUCCACCACAUUGUAAUGCAGCCCAGUCUUUGAUCUGGUAUCCGAAAGAUCCGCAUAAACAUGCACGAAUUUUGGUCCCUCCGAAACAGAUUAUUGUCCCCUGGGAAGAAUGGGUCCAUGACAUGCUCGGACCAAAUGCACGAGUUCGUAAACCAAAUGAAGUCUCGGAAAUCGGUGACACCCUUGUGUGCGCCUAG